CGUGAGAUAUAUAUGCGGGCGGCGAGCGGCCGGCGGCAUUCGGAGACCGGCUGUCAGUGACUAUAGUUCGAUUGAGUUGGGAUUAUAUCGGCACGAAGAUGUAUAAGUUUGCCCUCCUUAUUGCCUGCUUCAUCAGCAGCACGGCAGCCCUCCCGCCCUGCGUGUGCUCUCGCGACUACACUCCCGUCUGCGGCUCAGACGGUGAAACCUACCCCAACGGCUGCAUGCUCGACUGCGCUGCUCAAACCCAUGAAAACCUCAGGCUAUCACACGGAGGCCCUUGCCGAUCACAAGCAGAAACAUCCUGCAUCUGCACCUUCGAAUAUAAACCCGUCUGCGGCAUCGACGGAACCACGUACCCCAACAAGUGCGCCCUAGGCUGCGAACGAGCUCGAAACCCCGUCCUGAUCAAGCUACAUGACGGCCCUUGCGAAACUAAAGAAGAACUCAAAGUAGCCAAACCCAGUCUACCCACCUGCACUUGCACUAGGAACUUCGAACCUGUCUGCGGAACUGAUGGAGUCACUUACAGUAACAUGUGCUUAUUAAAAUGCGCGGCACAGACUAAGCCUUUGGGUAAAAAAGCCGAAGGCCCCUGUGAGGAUUUGACCGUUAAAGUAGCAGAGGUUUCAGAAGAAGAGGUGCCUAAGAAAAGCUGUGUGUGCUUCAGGAACUAUAUGCCGGUGUGUGGGUCGGAUGGGAACACGUAUGCUAACCAUUGUGUGCUCGGGUGCUCGAGUAACAGUAAUCCUGGAUUGAAGAUGGUUCAUGGUGGACCUUGCUAAAGUGGUGAUCAUGUGUUAUAAGACUCAAUUAGGUACUACAAUUGUUUGUCUUAGGGCCAGUUGCAAUCAACGUCAUGUUGCGAAGGUCUAUGAAAUUUCCUGUACAAUAAAAGUAGGCACUGGUCCCACCAAGAGCGAGUAAGCUAUGAGCUAUCGGCGGUAGAAACGGACAAAAGAUAGUCACUCCCGUGUAAAUAAAAGAGACGCGAUGAUAGCGCGAGCGAGGUAUAGUUCGUCGCCGAGCGAACUAUAAAUCGCUCGCUCUCUUUUAUUUGGGCAAUUUUUUUCAAAGUUGUCCACCCCA